AUGCCUUCAUCUAUCAACGUGGCACGGCUUUCCUCAGAAAUUCGUCUGUUAUCAAAGUUUCAGAGGCUUCAUCCUUCCCUAGAAGUUUCGCCCUUUAUCGGAAGUUUCGUCUUUUGCCGGAGGCUUCGUCUUUCACCAGGAGUUUCGCCUUUCGACAGAAAUUUCUCUCUUCGCCGGGGUUAUCGCGUUUCGCCAAGUGGUAGUGCCGAGAAUUAUCCUAGAAUACAGAGACAACGUCCAGGCGACUGGAUAUGUAAAAGUUGUGGUAUCAAUAAUUUUGCAUAUCGAACAGAAUGUUUCGAAUGUGGUGAGAAAGUUCAAAACCGAGAAGUAGCUCCUGGUGAUUGGAUUUGUCCGAAAUGUGAAUUCUAUAACUUCCAAAGUCGGUUGGCUUGUUUCAAAUGUCAUACACCGGCUCCAAACUUUGAACAAAAUCCUAAUAAGGAUCAUCAAGAAAAUUGA